AUGUCUUUUGAAAGCCUUCUACUUGACUGUCAGCGAAAGCUCUUGCAAGAUUUGAGAAAAUUGAGUACCGAAGAGCUGACUAAAAUGGCUAAUUCUCCAUUUCUCCUUGAUAUUUGGAUCAAAAAAGAGGAAAAAGUGAGUUUUUAUGUAAAAUACGAUGAUAAAUUGUUGGACAUUCAACCUAAUUUUUAUAAAAAAAUUAAUGAUAAUUUUAAGGUGACUUCUUUCCUAAAAAGCGUGGAUUCCCAUCGAAAAGUGACUGAAAAUUACAGGGAGAUCAAUAGAAAGUUGAAGAAUCAAAUUGCCACCAAACACGACGCUCUGAGGGAUAAGAGAAUCAGUGUGAAGAAGCUGAAAAACAGUCUGGAAAGGUUGAAAAAGGAGAAGAACGAAGCCGAAGAGGCCCACUCCUUUUAUGCUUUGAUCAAUGUCCUCGAAGUUAUGGGGAGCGAAGCGGAUGAGGAGAGCGAGGUAAGCGAGUCAGAAUUUUGUCAUCAUUUUUGGCAGAGCCUGGGGCAAAAAUACGAUUAGAAAUUUUAAUGAGGUUCUUCAUAAAAUCCAUUUUUUUCCAUGCAAAAUUUAUACAGGGUGGUCCAGCUAAGUUCGCGGAUGUAAAAUGUUUAUAACUUUUUAUAGGAUUGUUCAAUUUUUAUGAGCAAUAGCUCAUUUUAUUCUCUAGUGGUUGCCAUUUUGUUUAAAAAAAAGAUCAUUAAAAAUGAUCAAUCCUGCGUCGAGUUAUGACCCUUCAAAGUCAAACAUGCUUUUUCACAUAAAUUUUUUAAAAAAUUUAAUUUUCAAAAAUUUUUGAAUUGCGGUGUCACCGCUCACUGGUACCGGGAAUUGAUGGUGAACAGAGCGAUCCCAGCUAUGCAAAAUUGGCCCAAUUUUGCCAGUCUUGUUUUUCAACAAGACGGCGCGCCACCUCAUUUUGCCGUCAACUCCUUGACCAGGUUUUUUCCCGGUCGUUGGAUGGGCCGGGGAUCUGCGCGGCAACCAGCUCCAAUUGCUUGGCCCCCGCGUUCACCUGAUCUAACUCCGCUAGAUUUCUCCAUUUGGGGGUUCUUAAAACAGCGGAUUUUCAUCAUGGAUUGGCGCCCAAACACGUUAGAGGAAUUGAAGCGCGUAAUCGUAAUCGAAGAAGAGAUUUUGCAUAGCUGGGAUCAGAGAUUGCCACGGUCAAAAUUUUGGCUCCGGCUCCGGCUCUUAGCUCCCAGAGCCGGAGCCGAGGACAAAUUUGCAGCUCCGGCUCCCGGCUCCCAUGAAAAGUUUAAAAAGGUCUUCGGCUCCGAAUCCCGGCUCCCAUUCAAAAAAAUUUUAAAAAUAUUUUUCCAAAUAAAAAGUUAUUAGUGCCAGAGAUCACACUCCCAACGUUUUUGCAGUAUGCAUCACAUCUUUACCAGUAUUUUUUAAGCAAUUUGGUUUAACAAGAUUAUGGAAUUUUUACUUUUUUGAACGCUGAGAAGCCUGGCUCCGACUUUGGGCUCGUGAGCCGGAGCCGUACCCAAAAUUACCGGCUCCGGCUCCCGGCUCGGAGCCGGAGCCGCUCCGAGCCGGAGCCGGAGCCGCUCCGAGCCGGAGCCAAGAGCCGGCUCCGGAGCCGUGGCAAUCUCUGGCUGGGAUCGCUCUGUUCACCAUCAAUUCCCGGUACCAGCGAGCGGUGACACCGCAAUUCAAAAAUUUUUGAAAAUUAAAUUUUUUUAAAAAUUUACGUGAAAAAGCAUGUUUGACUUUGAAGGGUCAUAACUCGACGUAGGAUUGAUCAUUUUUAAUGAUCUUUUUUCUAAACAAAAUGGCAACCACUAAGGAAUAAAAUGAGCUAUUGCUCAUAAAAAUUGAACAAUCCUAUAAAAAGUUAUAAGCAUUUUACAUCCGCGAACUUAGCUGGACCACCCUGUAGAUAUAAUGGUCAAUCUUAAUGGCCAAAAAGAGGGUUUAAAAGAUUUCAUAUGUAAUUUUAUGUAUUUCAGAAGCUUCUGGACAAAUAUCUAAAGACUCCUGGAGAUAUCUCAGAGCUCACUGACAAGUAUACUGAGAUGAGAAUCAAGUCCCAUUCCGCUAAAGAAAAGCAACGAAGACUAAAAGAGAUCAUCGUUGAGAAUCGAAGAAUCCUCCAGAAAUGA